CCUGAACACCUCCUAACAACUCCUGGCGAUAAUAACCCAAGUACCAGACAAAUUCACCUCAUGCUAAGCACUCUCCAACUUAAUUUGAAUCCGAUCCCAUCUUACCUUCCACUUAUCCUCAUAACAAGCUCACAUCUAGCAUUUCCGUGAAUUCCGUGAAUUCCGGGACCCUGCAGGACAAACCGACCAACCUAAGCAAAACAUGGCAAGGAUCGACUUUCUUCUCGCAAAAUAAACUACAACAAUCCGGGUAAAUCGGGAUACUGAGCAAGGCUCCACUGAAGCUACCAGGUAGUUUCAAGUCAACUUCAAAACAUAAAAGCCAGAUCUCAGCACCCAUCACACCCAUCCAUCACCCAUUUCCACGAAACCUCCUCCCCAAACCAACACCAAUCUACUAUGACCCUCCAACCCCCCAAAGUCGCCUUUGUAACCGGCGCCAACGGCAUCAGCGGCUACGCCAUCGUCGAGCAUCUAAUCCGACAACCCAAAGAAGAAUGGUCCCGAAUCAUCGUCUCAUCCCGACGUCCCCUCCCAGUCCCAUGGAUCGAUCCCUGCGUGGAAUUCGUGGCAGCCGACUUCCUGCAACCAGUCGAGAAAAUCAUCGCGGAGCUGCAAGACAUCUGCGCCCCGGUCACGCACGCAUACUUCACCUCGUACGUGCACGACGAUGAUUUCCGCGUCCUCAAGGACAAGAAUGUCCCGCUGUUCCGCAACUUCCUGGAUGCAGUGGAUGCAGUCUGUCCGGCGCUGCAGCGCGUGAGUCUGCAGACCGGCGGCAAGUACUACGGCGUCCACCUGGGCCCCGUCAAAGUGCCGCUGGAGGAGUCUUUCUCGCGGUACGAGGACCAGGGGUACAACUUCUACUACAACCAGGAGGAUUACCUCCGGGAGGUGCAGGGCCGGCGCGGGAGCUGGUCGUAUAACAUCAUCCGGCCGAACGCCAUUAAUGGUUAUGCUCCGCAUGCGAACGGCAUGUCCGAGGCCCUCACCGUCGCGAUCUACAUGCUGAUCUGCCGCGAGCUCGGUCAGCCGGCCACCUUUCCGGGCAACGAGUACUUCUGGAACUCGAUCGAUGAUAACUCCUACGCCCCGAGUCUGGCCGACCUCACCGUGUGGGCGUCGACGCACGACCACUGCAAGGAUGAGGUGUUCAACCAUGUCAACGGCGAUGUCUUUGUCUGGAAGCACAUGUGGCAGGAUGUGGCCGAGUAUUUCGGGGUGGAGGCACCGGAGCCGAACUUCGAAAAAGCGUCAGGGCAGGCCAAAACCCUCAGUAAUGAGAUUGACAUGGUGGAAUGGGCGAAAGACAAACAAGAGGUCUGGGAGCGGGUCGUGCAGAAGUAUGGAGGCAAGCUGGAGGCUUUUGGCUGGGGCACCUGGGGUUUCUUCAACUGGGCGACCGGGAAAUCCUGGCUGACCAUCUCUUCCAUCAACAAGGCGAGGAAGAUGGGUUGGACGCGACACGACAAGACGUUCGAUACCUGGAUUGGGACGUUCCGGUCAUUCGAGAAUGCCGGAGUUCUACCUCCGCACAGGGCUUUGACCGGAGGAAGGAAUCGGGCAUAGUGGUCUGAGCCCCGGGAUAGCUGGACAAAUGAUCCAACACGGUAGCUCCAUUCAGGAGAGAUGCUAUUUUGGUUGACCGUUGAAUGUUCAACAAUCAAAUGCCAUGUGUUGGCGCUUGAAGCUUCAAGUCUGGUAACAUUCCUUGUGGUGGUGCGG